AUGAGCUACGCAACAAAUCUUCUCACAGCUUAUCCUCCUUCAUAUGAUCUAUCUACAUUAAUGAGUGAUGAUCUUGUUCAACGUUCAUCAUUCGGAACAUUCUAUGAAUCAUCAUCUAUUCCUUAUACAAGUGGUAAUCGUUUAGCCAGUGAUGAUUUCACACAUAAUCAAUUAGAUCUUGGUCCAACAACAUAUCGUUCAUCAAUCUAUUCUCAGUUUCCAUCAGCAAAUUAUCGAACACCAUCAAUAACAGAUUGGCGUCAAAAUGUUCGAUCAUCACAAAAUCCAUAUACAUCAUUUAAUAAUAUAAAAGAAUAUUCUGAUAGUCUUGGUACAUCAUCAAAUACAACAACAACAGUAUCAAGUGGAACACAUUCAAUCAAUGAUAAUAAUAUUAAUGGAUCAAGAAAUAUAUAUUCUAAUUAUCAACAAAAUUAUAAUCGAUUAUUUAAUGAUGUUGAUAGAAAUCCACAUAUGUCAACUAUUUGGAGUCCAAUACGACCAACAAUUCAAACAAAUAAUGAAAAAUCAACAUUAUCUAUUCAUCAUUCACAUCCUGAAUUAUCAACAACUAUUGUACGAAAAACAUCACCUAUUGAAAUAUCACAAAAAAUAGAUAAAACACCAGUUCAAUCACCAUUAACAUUAACAAAACAAGAAAAUAAUAUUCAAACAAAUUCAAUAUCAAAUAAAAUUGAAAAACAACAAGCAUCUAUUGAUAUUCAAACAUCAUCAAAUGAAAAAAAAGAUGAAACAUCAACAAAUGAAAAACAUGAUCAACAAGAUUGGACAAUUAAAAUUGAUAAAUUACAUACAAUGCAAGCACAACGUGAAAAAGAAAAAGCCAAAUCAUUACGUGCAUUACCAAAUACAUCAAAAAAAAUUGAUAAUCAACCAAUAAUAAAUAAAUCAAUAACAACAGCAACAGCAAAUGAUAAUAGAGUUCGUGAAGCAUCAUUUCAAAUGAGAAAUGGUUCAUAUUUUGAUUCACUUUUUGAUGGAAAUUUUUUUCGAAAAUCUUCAAUUACAAAUCAACAAUAUACAAAUUCAUCUCCUCAACGAUCAUCAACAAUGCGAAAUCAACCAAAUUCAAAUUCAUUUCAUCAACCAAAAACAACAAUUUAUCCAAAACAUAUUCUAACAAAAAAAAUUCCUCAAUAUGAACCACCAAAUAUUAUUAAUAAUUCAAAGAAAAAACAAUUAUCAAAACAGAAUCAGAAUGAUUCCGUUACUCCACGUGAAAAUAUUCAUAAAGAUUCAGAUGAACGAUUUCGUGAAGCUUUAACUAAAUUUCGUUCAGAUCGUGCUGAACAACAACAAAAAGAAUCAAAUGAAUCAACAGCAAAACGUUUAAGUUAUGGUAAUUAUGUUCGACGUUCAACUAAAGAUGAUUUAUUAAAUAAUGCUAUUAAACCAUCACCAUGGUCGGAUUUUAUCGAUCUUAAAAAAGGACAUCUUUAUUCGUUGACAAAAGAAGAAAAGAAAGACCUUUAUAAUCAAUCAAAAUCUUAUGGUGAACGAGUUCGUUAUCGAAAUUUUGUUUUACUUCAUGGUGUUAAACCAGAUCAUGUAGAAUAUCGUCCACGUCUUUGGCCUAUUCUAAAUCAAGAACCUCAAUCAGGUGAUGAAACAACAUCUCAUGAAGAAAUAAAUGAAAAUAAUGAUGGCGAUUUAAAAUCAUCAAAACGAUCUAGUUCAAGUUCAACAAUAAAAACAACAACUAGGACAUUUACAAAAUAUCCAAAUAAUGAAAAAUUAAUUGAUAAUCAAAAGAAUCAUACAUCGACGUUUACUGAUCAAUCAAGUACAAAUCGAACAUCGGAUUAUGAAGAUGAAGAUGAAGAUGUAUCCGAUUUUGAAUUAAGUCGUAAACAAAAACAAAAAAAACGUUUUCAUAAACAUAAUUCAUCUGUAAGAAUAACAAGUGGAACUGAAGAAAGUGGUAAUGAUGAAACAAGUGAACAACAAAGUAUUCGAAUGAAAAAUCGUGAUACUGAUGAUGAUUUAUUUACUGUACGAGAAGAAAAAACACUUGAAUCAUUGGAAGGUGCACGACAUAAAAAACGAUAG